CAGCAAUGAACAGCUACAACAAUAACUCUUCUUUUUCUCUUCACGAGCCUCAUUAUCUUCUUCCCUGUUUUUCUCAUCCUCACCAGCUUUUCUUUCAGGGGCGAUUUGACACCCUACCAAAUAUCGAUCGCUUUGAACAGAUUACCAUAAUUUGUAGUCCAUUGACCACCACAUCUGAUGUGGAUACUUCGUUCAUGAAGAUACGAUACAACUUAGGGUAAAGUCAUGUGUCUUGGUAUUGUUAUCGUAUACCUCCUCUUACCACUGCCCACUUCCCAGAAAAAAGCCAAAAAAAAAAAAAAAAAAAAAAAAAAAAAGGAUGAAGAAGAAGAAGAAAGAGAGAAGAAAAAACUAAACUACUUUUUUCCUUCAAAUACUUAACCUGGAAUGUUUUUUAUGUAGGAAUAACAACAACAUCAUACCGGUCAGUUAAUAACUGAUUCCUUAUUGUAUUUGGAACAAAAAUUGAAUGCUUUAAGGUGUUGUUUGACACUGAUUUUCUCCAUUGAAAAUUGAAUAAAGCUGCAUGCACGGAGAACUUUACAAAAUGGAGCUAAAAGCAACUUAUGAUAUUGAACGAACAAGUUCUAACCAAAUAGUUCAGCAUGAGUUUUGGCCCUUAGAUGCAAUUGAUCCAAAGAAGGCGAGGUUUCCCUGUUGUUUAGUUUGGACUCCUCUGCCAGUGGUCUCUUGGUUGGCGCCUUUCAUUGGACAUGUUGGCAUUUGCAGAGAGGAUGGAACAAUUUUAGAUUUUUCAGGUUCUUAUUUGGUGAACAUUGAUGAUUUUGCAUUUGGUGAUGUUGCCAGAUAUCUUCAACUUGAUAGAAAACAGUGUUGCUUUCCUCCAAACCCAGCCGCACACACUUGCAAAUAUGGCUACAAGCACAUGGAGUUUGGGACUGCAAUCACAUGGGAUGAUGCCUUGCUGUCAAGCAUGCGUCACUUUGAGCACAAAACUUACAACCUUUUCACUUGCAAUUGUCACUCAUUUGUAGCAAACUGUCUCAACAGGCUUUGUUAUGGUGGAUCAAUGAGUUGGAACAUGAUAAAUGUAGCAGCGCUGAUACUGGUCAAGGGGCACUGGGUUGAUGGCUUAUCAAUCAUAAGGUCAUUUCUUCCCUUCGUUGUGGUACUUGCCCUUGGCAUCUUUGUAGUUGGGUGGCCGUUCCUUAUUGGUCUUCUAUCCUUCUCUUUCCUCCUCCUGGCUUGGUUUCUAGUAGGCACUUACUCUGUCAAAAACUUGUUCGAGUGCUAGUUCUUCUUGUCAACAAUGUUGAACAGCUUGACGGAGGAACCUAGAAAAUAAGCAAUACUGAUGUCGAAGUAAUACAAGUUGUCGAUCAAUGAUAGGAGGAACGUUUAAAAUCUAUCUAAAUGUUGCCCCUCAUUUUUAGUAAAAGUACCCGGUGGCAUUGGCUUCGGAAAUUGCUAUCGCUCUGAUUGAAAAUUUUGUACUAAGUAAUGAUCACCAGAUAGACUUAACAACCCUAUAGCCAAUAGCGAUAGACAUUCUAUUUUCGUCGUUUCAUUUCAUUUAUUUCUUGAACUUUUGGUUGUCAGUUUGGUUGGCUGGGAGUUUUUUCAAAGAAAAAAAUUAGUCUUCGUGGAUUUGAGAAUCGAAGAAUAAUGAAGUCGCUAUGUUUGGUAAAAUAUCAAGUAAAGAAUAUACAUUUUAUUUUACUUUUGUAGUC